ACAAUGCCGGGCGUCAAUGGCACGUCGUUAAUGCCCAACGGCGACGUUGGUCACGGCACUCGCCGGCCCUCGAAUUCGUCGGCCUUGAAGCACAACAUGGCCCUGACAGAAUACAGCGCGAAUCCGUCACCACCGCCAGAGACGAUAGACGACGGCGCGGCGCUGGUGCCGCAAGACCUGCAGCUUCCAGAUGGACACCCCGACUACCUGCGCAUGAUUGCCAGCGCAACCUCCCGAGUCUACGAGGCCUGCAAGAUCACGCCGCUCGAAAAGGCCAUCAACCUGAGCAACCGGUGCGAGUGCAAUGUCAUGCUCAAGCGCGAGGACCUGCAGCCCGUCUUCAGCUUCAAGCUGCGCGGCGCCUACAACAAGAUGGCCCAUCUCGACCCGGCCGAGAGCUGGCGCGGCGUCGUCUGCUGCUCCGCCGGCAACCACGCCCAGGGCGUCGCUCGUUUGUUCGGUUGGAGACCGUCGCACUGGAAGAACGGGUCGAAGUCUCUGACGCGGUACCGCCGUUACUGCAUCCCCAGCAGUUUCCCGCCCUACAACUACUCCGGCAGCACGAACCGCGCGGCGCGCGUGAGGAGGAAACGCCGUAGCUUCAGCCGCGGCACGUCCUCUGUCGACCUUAAGCGGACGCUCAUCGCCGUGACCUCGGGCGCCAACAUGAACUUUGAUCGGCUGAGAUUUGUCGCCGAGCGUGCCACGCUGGGUGAGGGCAAGGAGGUGCUGAUGGCGGCCAGCAUCCCGGAGCGCCCUGGAGCUUUUGCCAAGCUUGUCGACACCAUCAUGCCUCGCCCCGUGACGGAGUUUUCCUACCGCUACUCCUCUGGCAACGUUGCCAACGUCCUCAUCGGUCUCUCCAUAACAGUGCCGGCCGCCCAGAGGGCCGAGGAGGUGCGAUCGCUCAUGGAGCGCAUCCGCGCCGAGGGCAUGGAGGUGACGGACCUUUCCAAUGACGAACUCGCCAAGAGCCAUGUGCGCUACCUCAUCGGCGGCCGCACCGGCGUGGAGAACGAACGAGUCUUCAUGUUCAACUUUCCCGAACGGCCAGGGGCAUUGGAAAAGUUCCUCGCAACCCUGCGGCCCAAGUUCAAUAUCAGCCUUUUCCAGUAUCGUACAUACGGCGGAGACGUGGCCAAGGUGCUGGCAGGGAUCCAGUGUCCACCGGAAGAGAACGCUGAGCUGGAGCAGUUCCUCGAGGAGCUCGGAUACCCGUCCGAGGAGUGCACCGACUCGCCAGUUUUCAACAUGUUCUUGAAGAGCACCGCCCCGUAG